AUGGUGACUGUGCAACCUGCUUACUCUGUUGAAGCCGACUUUGCGCUGUCCCCAGCCGAAACCGCAAGCUCUCAUGGCAGCGUACCACCGAACGGGGAUCCCAGGUUGGAAGGCGCAUCACCCAAAGAAAAUACCGCGUCCUUGCCCAAGCAGGCUUCCCCCGCAGCCUCCACAGGCUUGAAUCCCAGAUCCUGCGUGACUUGUCGGAAGCGGAAAGUAAGAUGCGACAAGAAACAUCCAUGUUCCAAUUGCAGCAAAGCGAACUCGGAAUGUAUUUUUCCCGGGCCAGGCCGAGCACCCAGGCGAAGCAGAAAGCCCCAGGACACUGAAUUACUUGCAAGACUACGUAGACUGGAGGGCGUAGUGCAAGGAUUAGGAAAAGGAGUCGAUGAUGGGGUGGACAUACCAUCCACUGGUGGACUAUCAAGCGAGCUGGAUGGGUGUCAGGUUUCAGGCGAAGGAGAUGUGAAAAAGACGAAUGCCAUGUACCCCGAAAUACCUGGAGAGUUUGAUCCACGAAAAGUAAAGAACGAGGACGAAGGUGCUAAUGGUGUGGUCAAAGAGUUCGGUCGUCUCGUUGUAGAUGAAGGACGAAGUCGAUAUGUCAGUAAUAAAUUUUGGACUAGUCUUAGCGAGGAAGUCACCGAGUUACGUGAUAUACUGGAUGAUCCCACAGACGACGAAUACGACUUUCCAUCUCCAGGCUCUGGUUCAUCAGCAUCCACAAACCAACACAGCUUUCUAUUUGGAUACCAUUCCACGGCUUUUUCGCUCCGUUCUUGUCACCCUGCACCAGAGCAUAUCCCUAUAUACUGGACCAUCUUCAAGAACAAUGUAGAUCCAGUGCUAAAAUUGCUUCAUACUCCGAGCACAGAAGCUAUUGUCUUGAAAGCGGCUGAGCAUUUAGAUCGCAUUAGCAAAGGCUUGGAAGCUUUAAUGUUCUCGAUCUAUUUUGCUUCAGUCACCUCGCUUUCAGCAGAAGAUUGCUUGGCUGUCCUGGGAGUUGAUAAGCAUGCGAGCCUCCAGAGAUACCGCUUUGCAGUGGAGCAGGCAUUUGCUCGUGCAAAUUUCUUGAACACUCAAGACUUCACUGUCUUACAAGCUAUGCUUCUGUUUUUGACCUGCGUGCGCCGCGCUGACGAUACUCGUUAUGUCUGGACAAUGACAGGCCUUUUGCUUCGACUCGCCCAGGCACUUGGUAUCCAUAGAGAUGGCAGACAGUUUCAGCUAUCACCAUUACAGACAGAGUUGCGGCGCCGAUUCUGGUGGCAUCUUCUAUCUCUUGAUGUACGCGCCUCGGAGGACCAGGGCUGUGAUCCGAGCAUGGUAGAACAAGCGUUUGAUACCAAAUUCCCAAUGAACAUUAAUGAUGCGGAAAUAGAUUCAACGAUGAAGGAGCCGCCAGUAGAACAUGAAGGAGCCACAGAGAUGACCUUUGACCUUAUCAGGUUCGAAGUUUCUACCACAGUCCGACGUUUGUCGUACGUUCCAUCAGGCCCAGGUCCUUGCAGGCUCAGAAAUGCAGUCUUAAGUCUGGAAGACAAAGAAAAGAUGAUUGAAAAUCUGCAUCAGCAUAUUGAAAAGAAGUAUCUUGAGCAUUGCAACACAGCGGUUGAACCUCUCCACUGGGUUUCCGCUACAGUGGCCCGUCUUAUUAUGGCAAAGAUGUGGCUAGUAGUGCAUCAUCCAUUCCAGCGAUCUGAUGGGGGUGAAGGUCUGCCACAAGAAACAAAGGACCGCCUCUUCCAUACAUCAAUCGAGGUCAUUGAAUUUGCACGUUUACUGGAAACGGAAAAGACAACGCUCAAGUGGGGCUGGUUGUUUCGCACUUACGUGCAAUGGCAUGCACUUGCAUACGUACUCUCUUCCCUUUGCAACAGAACAUCAGGCCCUGACGUAGAUCGGGCAUGGCUCGUCAUUGAAGGUGCUUUCAAUGAGUGGAAUCAGCAUUUUGGAAGUAGUCAGCGCGGCAUGCUUUGGAAGCCUUUGCGAAAGCUGAUGGCUAGAGCCAGAGCCGAACGAGCUAAAGUACUUCAAGCACGAGCUGUGUUUCCGCUUGAUGGCUCGAUAGGGCCAACUGCUAUGAAUAUGAACAAAGAGCCAAGCCAAGAAGUGAAUAGCUCCGUCCCUGAAUUACUUGCUUUUGAUCCUGCAUCAGAGGGGACGUUUACUGGCCAGGGAGAAACCAUAGGGAUGGAGAGCUCUCCUAUCACCCUCUCUCCUUUCUCCCCCAUCAUAGCGGAUGAUUCUGUGCCAAUUGGAGAACAGAAUCUGAAUGGCUUCGCUAGUGGCACUGAGCAUUGGAAUUCGGAUGCCGAAUUGUUCUCGCGGGAAGCACCAAUGAUGCCGGAGGAAAGUAACAUGAAUUGGUCAAGCUGGAAUGACAUGGUGAAGGACUACGAAAAUCCCAUUGCCGCUGUCGACGUAAAUGCAUCAAUGGGAUUCGGUCCGCAAGGAUUGACAAAUUGGUUCUAG